GCAGGGGCAGCGCGCUGGGCUGGGAACCACGAGCUCACAGGUUCGAACCCGGCCUGGCUCCAGAAGGGUAGAUGGCAGUUCCGUCCCGGGAGAUCACAAGCUCCAAACUGGGAGAUCGCAGAGUUUACUGCCUGUAUCCAGGGGGAUCACUGGCUCUAUCCAGAGAGGUUCGCCAGCUCUGAACCGCCCCGGCACAGGCGUUUCUUUGGCAUUGCUGAAACCAACCUCAUUUGAAACAGGCUCGGAUCUUGUCUGAAUUCCCUGGCAGUAUCCAAGGCCAGGUGCACGGGGCAACCUGGGACAGUGGAAGGUGUCCCUAACCAUGGCAGGAGUGGGAAUGGAGAGCUUUGGGGUCUCUUCCCACCCAAACCAUUCUGGAUUACAUGAACGGAAUGAAAACACCCCCGAGACCCGGUACUGAGGGGCCUCCGCGCCGCUCCUUUCUCUUCCUCCUCCUCCACCCGUGACGCACUAAGGAGGAAGAAGCGCAGAACCCCGAGCGGCGGCCGCGGUGAUGACGUAUUUCCUGUCCCGGUAGCGGCGGGGGACGUGCUCGCCCGGCGGCCGCGAUGGGGGGGGGAGACCUGAACCUGAAGAAGAGCUGGCACCCACAGACACUGCGCAAUGUAGAGAAGGUGUGGAAGGCAGAGCAGAAGCAUGAGGCCGAGAGGAGGAAGAUCGAGGAGCUGCAGCGGGAGCUGCAGGAGGAGCGGGCGCGGGAGGAGAUGCAGCGCUACGCCGAGGACAUGGGCACCGUGCGGAAGCGCGAGGAGAAGCUGGAGUGGAUGUACCAGGGCCCCGGGGGGAUGGUGAACAGGGACGAGUACUUGCUGGGGCGCCCCGUGGACAAAUUCAUCCUGGACAAGGUUGGGGACAAGGAAAGUGCUGGGGACACGGGGCUGCUGCCCGGCUCCAUCUUCGCCAGGGCCGGGGCCAGCUCUGUGCUGGACAUGGCCACCAAGAUCCGCGAGGACCCGCUCUUCAUGAUCAGGAAGAGGGAGGAGGAAAAGAAAAGAGAAGUUUUGAACAAUCCAGUGAAAAUGAAGAAAAUCAAAGCCUUGCUGCAGAACAGUUUGGAUAAAAAGGAGAGGAAGAGGAAGAAGGAGAAGAAGCACAAGAAGCACAAGAAGCACCGGCGGCGCAGCUCCAGCAGCUCCAGCUCCUCUGAGGAGGAGAGGCCCAGAAAUAAGUCUCAGAAGAGGGUGGAUAAUUCCUCCUGGAAGGCUGCUCCUUCCAAAAUCCCGGGAUAUGGCUUACAGGUGAGGGACCCCGAGGCGGGGCCGCGCUCCCGGGGCUCCCCGGGCCAGGACAGGGCCCCCCGGGAGCGCUCCCGGAGCCCGUCCCGCUCUCCCCAGAGGCAUUCCAGCAGGAGGAACCUCCAGAGAAGCUCAGCAUCUCCCUCCAGGCACAGCAAACAGCACAGCAGCCGUGAGGAGAAGGGCAGAGCCAGGAGCCCUUCCCCCAAAAGGAGCUUCCGGCGCCAGCACCCCCCGGGCUACACCAGGAAGAUCUCUCCUGAGGAGCUGGAGCGAAAACGUCAGGAAAUGAUGGAAAAUGCCAAGUGGAGGGAAGAGGAGAGAGCCAACAACCUCAGGAAGCACCGCAAGGAGGAGGAGCUGGAGAGGGAGCUGGAGAAACUCGACUCCAGGGAUGGGAAAUUCUUCCACCGUUUGAAGCUGGAGAGUGCCUCCACCUCCAGCCUGGAGGAUCGGGUCAAGCGCAACAUCCACUCCCUGCAGAGGACUCCUGCUGCCCUGGAAAAGAACUUUAUGCAGAGGUGAAGCCUGUUCUGGCCCUGCUCUGGGCCAGAGCUCAGUGGAUGUUUGUUCCCAGAGGUGAGCGCUCUCCAGGAACAAUUCCAGCUUCCAGAGAGGAUCACGGCGCUGAGCCCUUGGAGGCCUCUGCAUUUGGGGCCUUUGUGUUCCAUUUCUAACCUGUUGCCAGAGCUUCUCCUCCUCUCCCCACCCCUACUGGUGUCACUUUUUUUACAUUAUUACCAAACUCUGCUUCCUCCUGUGCCAGAGCUGGAGAUCUGUUUUUGUUAAUCCUUAAAAUCCAGAGCAGGACCAAUCCACACGUGAGGUAAUCCCAUGGAAUGUGACAGAACUACACCAACCCUGUUCCAUACUGUCACCCUUUGCACCCACACCUCACAGUGGGGUGUCUGUGCCUGGCAUUUGGUGGCUCGCAGAUUUUAUUUCAUUGAUCUCUGACCCAAAAGAAGCAGUUUCUGAGGGGGAAAAAAGGGAAUGAGCAGAGCCUGGCUGACACAGCAAACAUUUCUCUGGGAUUUUGUAAUGUAAGUAAUGUGUAUAUGUACAGCAGUGUAGAUUUAUUUUACCUUUUUAAUUAAGAAACUUCACUGUCGUUUGUUAAA